UAAGACGCGCGCUUGUCAGGUAAGUGACGUUGCGCCGACAGCAACGACGGCGCUACGGCAGUGGCGUGAUGGCAGCGGCGCAAGUUUGCCGCCCGGUGGUUUCGUCGACGCGCCCGCAGCGGCUGUGGCCCAACGGCGUACGAAGUCGCCAUCCAACGCACCGGACGCACGAUGCCGUCGACGCGGGAGCGUGGUGCAGCAGCCGCUAAACGCCCUCGUCGGGCGACAGCUGCUGCUGCGGAAUUCCAUGUUGCGUGUUGUACGCCUCGCAGCGGCGCGUGCCGUCGGUGAUGUGUACGCAGUGGUCCAUGACUGCGGGGGCGCACGUGAUCGCGCUUGUAAGCGCGCCGGAACGCGCCGAGCGUGUGAUUCUUCCUCGCCUCGGCCCGCCGCCGACACCGAUACAACCGAUAUUCACCGCGCUUCGCUGGCAUCGCUGACGCAACGGCCCCACUGAUGCUGCGGCGGAAUCGCAGCGCGCUGCCGAUAAGGAAGCUCGACCCCGAUAGAGGCGUCAGCACGAAGUCCACGCCGGGUCGAGGAUGGAUAAACUUGCGCUCGCCGGGCGUGCGAUGAGUAUAUGACUGCGCAGGGUCACGGGCGCCCCGAUUAGCGGAGCUCCGAUGGCUUGUCCCGCGAAGCCGCCCGCCCUCGGCCGGCGGGCGAAGGUCGGCGUCAAGACUCCCCGCGGAGAUCAGCUGCUCGAUCUUGAUCUGGAUCUGCCACUGUGCACCAUCAUCGAUGACGUGUGCCAGCGAGUGGGCAUCGCCGACCCCGACUGCUACGCGAUCAAGUACGACGGCAGUGAAGUGUACGUCUUCGACGCCAACAAGCUGGACAUCAGGAACGGAGACAUGCUCCAGCUUGUGCGGAUGCCGAUGAACAGGAACGAUGUCAUCGAGAAGCUGGCCGCCGGCACGCCGGACGAGAAAGCGGAAGCCCUGCAGGCGCUGCUGAUCCUCGCCGCGGAUCCCGACUCCGCCGUCAGGUUCAUCGCCUACGACGGUCACAAUACCAUUGUCAACUGGAUUGAAGCCGGUGUGUACAAAGGAAGCAUGCUUUGCCGAGCGCUUCUGUGCCUUCAGGGUCUGAUCGAUCAUUGCCUGAUAACGUGGGAGAUACUUUCGACCAAGUGCUUGAGCAGGAUACUGAAGGAGACGAACUGUGCUAACGGUACGGAUUGGAAUAAUGUAGAAGUUUUUCUCAGUGUGCUUGAAUGUGUGGUUACUAGUAACGCGGCUGCGUACGAAACGGUUUUCAUGGGCAUGCCCUGGGAGAGGUACGCGUUGCUGAUGCAAGAAGGGUCAGUGGUCGUCAUGAGGAACUGCGUCAUGUUAUUGAACGCGCUCUUCGCCCAAGGCAACCCUGGUCACAGAGACGCCCUUAAGAAUGCCAUUGGUAACUGGAAGAUAAAGAGCGUUGUGUGGACUAGGCUGACAAACUACGGACAAGUGGAUUCGGAGUUGGCGCGCGCUCUGCACGUCUUUCAAGCCCAGAUGCUCGGUUUGUACGAGCGGCUUUGGAAAGCCAGCGUUGACACCGAAGACCUCGCUUUGAAUGGCAAGGUGGACAUUCUCUUGAAGUUUGCCGAGAGCGGUCUAAAUUGCGACGACGCCAGGUACAAGCAGCUGGACAGCAAGCGACGCCUCUCGGUUCGCCACACCGCCAUGGGACUCGAGAACGUGAGUGUACCGCUGAAGGACUUCGCGAAGCCUGCAGGCAGACUUGCCAUAGAGAACCUCCUGUAUUUCGCCGACAAGUACAACUUGAGCUUCACCACGGCGAUCCAGGAAAACUUGUUCAGUUCUCCCGAGCACAUGUGCCCGCUGGUCGAGAGCAGCAUCCUGCUGACAGAGCUCUUGUGCCGCGUGUUCAGGGUCGGCAAGCCGGCCGGCGGCGGCAGCGACGACGAGGGCACCUUCUCGCUCAUGUACUUCUCCCACGAGUGCUUCUUCGAGGAGAUCUUCAGCGUCUGCAUGCUGCUCGUGUUCAAGACGUGGCGCGAGAUGAGAGCGUCGGUGGCGAGCAUCCGCAAGGUUUUCGGCAUCGUGAACGAGCAGAUCGGCCGGGCGCUCAGGCUCAAUCCGCACUGCGCGGACAUCAACGGCUUCCGCACGACGUUGUCGUCCCUGCCUUACUCGGAGAUCGUCAAGCAGCUGCAGCGGGAGAACGACGAACGCAAGGCGUCCGAGAGGCAGUCUCGAGCCGUGAACCAGCUGCGGGACUCGCUCCGUGCCGAUAUUGUCUCCCUGGUGAACGAGAACCGCAUCAACGUUCUCUGCAAGGGAGCGAGGUUCCAAAAGUACGGCGCCAAGGGGAACCGCAUCAAGGACUGUUACGUCUUCGUCAAGUUGGCCCGCAACCUAAAGGCCGUUCACUACGGCGAUUGCAACGCCACCUGCGAAGACGUCGACAUCGAGGAGCUGUCCGAGACCAUUCUGGUGUCGGACAUCGAAAUGAUCAACACGGGCACGUCUUGCCCUCAGGCGCGGAAGGCGGCCAGGCAGAUAGUCGACCUGGCGUUUUCCAUCGUGGUCUGUGGCGACGGGCAGCCGCUCAAUCUGGUGGCUCCUAACGCUAAGGUGCUUAACCGGUGGCUCGACGGGCUGGACGUCCUACUGGGCAACACCGCGAGCAGCAUCGAAGCGCGAGGAGACAUGGGCAUUCUGUUGGACAUGGAGGUUCGCCUGAGGCUGCUGGAGACCGAGGGCAUCCACAUCCCAGAGACGCCGCCUCCCGUCCCUCCGCCGCCGUCAAACUUCGACUUCUCCUCGAGGUUCUUUGGCAGCUUGUGAACCUAUUGUGUGUGUGCUGGCUGGUGCAGUACUAACCAGCCGCUGUUGUGUGAUAUUAACUAGUCUCGUUCGGCCUAUUCAUGCAGCAAAGGUGGCUUCGCGGCGUUGAAGUGGAUCCACUUGUAGAUAUUAUUGCUCACAUAUUAGCAAUAUCAAGUUUUGCAUUGGCACUAAAUGCAAGAAUAAGUCGCAUAUAACUAUUGGACAUAGAUCUAAUAUCGGGCACAAUUUCCAAACUUGGUCUUGAAAAUACGUAUUUGUGGUAAAUUAUGUCAAUAGGAGUCGAUCAAGGUAUAUUCAUGUUUGCUAAGCGCGCUCCGCGAUUUAUCGGUCUAUUUUCAUGACGCAACCUGUACGCCGGAGUAAGUUUCGCAGAGCAGGUAACCACUAUAGGUGUUUGCCGUUUGAAAGGCUUAAUAUUAUGACAUUACGCCAAGCCUGAAUGCGGAAAAUGUCCUACCAGCUGAAAGUGGCAUGUUAUGUAUGUGAAUACCGUUUAUCACUGGACUGCAAUAUGUUGAGCGACCUUUGGCGUAGUAAACGAGCUAGGAAGGUCGCCCGCAAUGCGAACUCUAGUUAGUGUUUUAACGAGUGUAUCUAUAGUGUCUACAACUGCCUUUGAGUCAAGUUCCUCCUGCAACUAAAGCAGUGCACAGUCAUCACCUUUAGUAAAAUGAAGUUAGACAUCUGAAUGAGUGAACGAGUCGUCAGAUCGCAGAUGCGCUGUAAAUGGUUACGGCGGCAUGACCUUCCUUCGCCUGUAUAUUUGCUGUAACCCAUAGAACGUUUGCACAAAUUAACGCCAAAGUUAUGUCCUC